GGGAUAUCAGAAAUCUGAAUGCAUUGUAUAAUUCUGUGGAUGAAGUAGGUGACGAAGGCCCUUUAAAAAUGCUCUUGGUUAUACCUGCGGAUAGCGAAGAAAGAUUGGCAGACAUGCUGAAAGAUGGAAAUUAUUUAGGCGGGAUUGUUUCAAAGGGUGAAACAUUUACAAUACGGUUCCCUAGUGUUCUUCGAACAGCUCCUUUGGAUUUGUGGAAAACUUCACAAUUGCAAGUGGACUCGGAUAAGUCAGACUUGGUUUAUGUAAAGGAAGGUUUUUUGCAAGUUAUGUACGCCACUAUUUUCGCCACUGAACCUAUGAAAAUUUAUAUUCCAUCCCAACCGUUUAACUCUGACUCAGAUUACCAGAACAAAUUGCAAAAGAUGAUCAGAGAUCCGCUCAAAGCCGCGCGGGAAAACAUAUUACCACUUUAUUUUAGUACUUUAUAUAUGUAUCCGUUUAUACGUUUAGUUAUGCAUAUGGAAAGAGAAAAAAAUUUGCAGCUAAGAGAUCUGAUGAGUAUAUCAAGGGCAAGUGCAUUCGUUCAAUAUAUUUCUUGGUUUCUGUCAUCAUUUAUUUUACUUGGCUUUAUCAAUUGGAUGACCAUUUUCAUUUUAAAAGCACCUCUAUGCGACAACGGAAACAUUCUUAAUUGUUCCAGCUUCACGGCCUUGUUUUUAUUUUUUACAGUAUGGGCAAUAUCAGGAAUAUGUUUUUGCUUCUUCACUUAUGUAUUAUUUCAAACUCUGAUUCUGGGAUGCUUUUUCUUAGCAUACUUUUGCCUUAUUAGUUACGUGUUGUAUUUGUACGUUGAUGUAACUUCUUUUCCUCUAAGAGCUUUACUCUCCCUUAACUUUCAAUUUGGAUUCCUCACUGGUAUUAAGCAAAUUUUACGUUAUGAAGAUGUAGAUUGUACUGGCUUGCAAUGGGAACAUUACACCAAGUCUGAUCGUACUUCCUUUUUUUUUGGCAUCAUCCCUAUAAUGAUGAUUGUAGGUGCUUUCAUAUUACUGAUGUUGUGUUGUGUAUUUGAGGAAUGCUGUCCUGGCAGGUACGGAGUCUCGACUUUUAAAAGGCAUAGCCGUUUUUCUAAGAAUGAUUCUAUUGCCUAUAUGAGAGCUAGGACAUCUAACAUUAUAAAUCCGGCAGUUGUUCAGACAAUUAUGUUACGGAAAUCUCAGCAUAAUAAGGUUCCAUUAAGGAACUUCUCAAUGAAUAUGUAUGAUGAUCAAAUAACCGUUAUAUUAGGGCUUUCAAAUUCGGGAAAAUCUGCUGUUAUUAAUUCAAUUUCUGGAAGUAUUCCUCCAGACACUGGGUCGGUAAGAAUUGACAACAAGGAUAUGUUUAGUAAUAGAAGUAGCACGAGGAAAUCGUUGGGACUGUCCCCACAACAUGAUGCGUUAUUUGAUUCGUUAACAGUUAGUCAGCAUAUGGACUUUUUUGCAACACUUAGAAAUAUUAGAAGGGGUGCUAAAUGGCAGGCUAUUGAAAGGUAUUUGAAAGCUUUGGAGCUCUGGAAUUAUAGGAAUAUCAAAAGUAGAAAUUUAUCACCAGUACACAAAAGAUUACUAUCAGUUGCUUGCGCCUUUUGUGGGAAUCCACGGAUUAUAUUGUUAGAUGAGCCAAGUGAGAGAAUGGAGCCGUGUGAGCGACGACUACUUUGGAAUUUAUUGCAAAUGGAAAAACAAUGUCGAACUAUAAUAGUUACAACAUAUCAAAUAGAAGAAGCCGAUUUCUUAGGAGAUCGAAUAUCGAUUCUUUGUGACGGACAAUUGAUUUUUAAUGGAACAUCUACAUUUCUAAAGAAUGUUUAUGGAUCUGGAUAUCAGCUGGUAUGUCCCCAAGGUGAAAUAUGUCAGGAGCCUCAAAUAACAUUACUAGUUAUGAAAUAUAUUCCUGAGACGAGAUUAUCUCCUGAAAAAAUUUAUGAAGUGUCCUACAACAUACCCCAGGAAAACAACUUAGCUAUAGUUCCAUUGUUGAAAGAGCUGGAAUCAACAUCAAAUUAUCUUAACAUGGGAGCCAUUGGUAUUGGAACUACACCUACAUUAGAAAAAUUUGUAAAUGCCACACUGCCCCAAUACAACAACUGCACAGUGAAGUGCGACUAUUCAUGUAAUUUGCCAAAGCCAGAUGAAUGCUUACUUCGGGGAGGACGGUUACUAAUGAACCAAUGGAAGGCAAUGCUAUCUAAGAAGGCGUACCACAUGAAGUACAAUUGGUUUCUAUUUUUUCCUCUGUUCUUCUUAUUGCUGUUCUCAUUUGCCGCUGCGCACAAAUAUUUUUUUCCAAAACCAGUGCCACUAUCUUAUUAUAAAGAUAACAAACAAGGCAGACUUAUAUCUCAGAAGCCCUUGAAACUCAAUGAAAAUCCCUAUAAAUCUAUGUGCAAAAUUGCACUGGUAAAGGAUGAAGAACAAAAAAGCACAAAAGCCUCGAUCUAUGAAGAAAAGUACAAAUCUUUAAAAGAAAUUGGGUGUACUGUAGAGAAAAUAAAAAAGGAUGACUUUGAGACGAAACAGAAGCUGUAA